UAAUCACUGAAACUUUCAACAUUGAAUCACUUCGUUUUCGUAGUUUUGGACUUCAAAUUAUUCAGUUCUCGAAAAUACAAAAUAUACCUAAUUAUUUAUUUAGCCAAACACGGGUAACCAUUAAAUAUUAAUAAUGGAAAACUAGUAUAAUAUGUCUUAUACUCUUUUUUGAUGUCAAGAAUGUGAUGGUAAAAAAAUUUCUAUUAUCAAUUUGCAAGCCUACAUUAACGUUAAAUAACUUAAUUUCAUUACAUUUGAGUUAUAAUAAAAAGAAGAUGAGUACUUUGGAAAAUGUUAUUGAUGGUUUAAAUGAUGUUAGACGUAGAAUCGAAGUUGUGGCUCAAAAACGAAAGGAGGGAAAUGUGGAACCACGGCUAGUUGCUGUUAGUAAAACAAAACCUAUAGAACAUAUUAUUGGCAUUUACCAGAAAGGUCAAAGAUAUUUUGGGGAGAACUAUGUCCAAGAAUUGAUUACUAAAUCAUCCGAUGUUGAGUUAUUAGAAAAAUGUCGAGACAUAAAAUGGCAUUUUAUUGGUCACAUACAAAAAAAUAAAGUUUCAAAAGUAUUAAUGGUUCCUGGUUUACAUGUUAUUGAAACAAUAGAUAGUGAAAAAUUAGCAAAUGCUGUAAAUGAUGGAUGGAAAAAACUCAAUAAAGAAAGUAAAUUGAAAAUAAUGGUUCAAGUUAACACUAGUAAUGAAAAAGAAAAAUUUGGCGUAGCAACUGAUACAGUAGUAGAUUUAUGUAAAUUUAUUAUUGAGAAAUGUGACCAUUUAGAACUGAUUGGUUUAAUGACGAUUGGUCAAUAUGGUUAUGAUUGUUCUCAAGGACCAAAUCCAGAUUUUUUGGCUUUAAUUGAUUGUAAAAGAGAUGUUUGUGAUAAAUUAAAAUUAAAUCCAUCUGAAAUUGAAUUAUCUAUGGGCAUGUCUGAUGAUUUUGAACAAGCCAUUGAAUUAGGAAGUACAAAUGUCCGAGUAGGAAGUAGUAUAUUUGGUUUUCGCGCAAGAAAAGAAAAACAAUGAUUUUUGGUAAUAAUAAUUCAUUAAAAAAAAUAUAUUUGAUACACCUAGGUAUCUUAUAUUCUUUUAAUUUAAUAUAACACUUAAUUAUUGUAACAAUAAACAUCUUAAUAUUACUCAAGUUUUAAAAAAAUAAAUGUUAACCAUAAAUGUACUUAAAAAUAUUCAAAUGACAUGAAAUUAUGUGAAUUAUAAAAGAAAAAAUUACUGUAAAAC